ACGCGUCUUGUCCCUGUUUCGUUGACUGGGAAGCCCCUUAGCGCGGAGCUGCCAACGCCCGGCGUAAAGACACAAACAGAGAAAAAAAGGUAUUGAAUGAAUAGUGAGGACUGUAAAAGACAGCUAUGCAGACCAUAAAGUGUGUCGUAGUCGGGGACGGUGCUGUGGGUAAAACCUGCCUGCUCAUCUCCUACACCACCAACAAGUUUCCCUCUGAAUAUGUGCCCACGGUGUUUGAUAACUAUGCUGUAACUGUAAUGAUCGGCGGUGAGCCGUACACUCUGGGCCUCUUUGACACAGCCGGUCAGGAAGACUACGACCGGUUAAGACCUUUGAGUUACCCACAGACGGACGUCUUCCUCGUCUGCUUCUCCGUCGUGUCUCCAUCCUCCUUUGAAAACGUCAAAGAAAAGUGGGUUCCAGAGAUCACCCACCACUGUCCAAAGACGCCCUUCCUCCUGGUGGGGACGCAGAUCGACCUGCGGGACGACCCGUCCACUAUAGAGAAGCUGGCCAAGAACAAGCAGAAGCCCAUCACCCCGGAGACGGCCGAGAAGCUGGCCCGAGACCUGAAGGCUGUGAAAUACGUGGAGUGCUCGGCCCUCACACAGAAAGGCCUAAAGAAUGUGUUUGAUGAAGCCAUAUUGGCCGCGCUGGAGCCGCCAGAGCCCAAGAAGAAACGCAAAUGUGUGCUGCUAUGAGAUGUUCCCACCGUUUCCGGAGCACACACACACACAAACACACACACACACACACACACACACACACGUACAUGUACACACUCACACACACACGCACACACACACACACUAAAGACAUCCUCCUGUCCCCGGCCACGCCCCCUCCCCUCUCUGCUGAGGCUGCUUGACGGCGUCGGUCCUCCGUGAAGGGACGACCGGCGAGGAAAGCGUCCGGCAGUUUCCCAUAAUUCCUCUGCAAUAACGAGAGGCUUCGUCCGAAGCCGACCUGGCUGCUGCGGGAAGGGCAGAGUGGGAAUCCGCUUCUCGAUUCUAACCAGUGAAAACUUCCUUUGUACUCCAGCCGCCCUGCUUUUCUCACUCUGCCUUUCUCGACACGACCACAGAGAGAUGCUAACACCGUAGCGUUGUUUGUCUUUUCGUUUGCCAACCCUGCGCCCUCCUCCUCCUCCUCCUCCUCCUCCUCUUCCUCCAAACCCUCGCCACACCCCAGAGAUUCAGUCCCAUCGAACCACUAGAGGCCGCCGCGCGGCUCCCAGAAGGCAAGGCAUCCGGCAGCGGGCGGGUCGGCCGGUCCAGCGCAGGAUCUGGCCUUUUUAGACGCAGGGAACUUAAACAGUGUUAGCAGAAGAGGCGGGGCCGAGCGGGGGCGGGCCGCGGCGUGGACACGGCGCCGCCCGGCGCUCCGCCCCGCUCUCCGCUCAAACCGUAGGUUUAACAGAUGUAAUUAUAAUGUAAGCUGGCGCACCAUGUUGAUGAUGUAGGCUCCGGGUGUUUUACCAAAAUCUGUUUUUUUCUUCAUUAUUUCUGUUUGUGCUGUUUUUUUAUUUUAUAUAUAUAUAAAAAUAUAUAAAUAUAUUAAAAAAAAGGUUACUUUCACUCCUUUUCCAUGUAGGGGUCUGAACUCAUCUGAACUCUGACCUGCCAGUUCGUACCCAGAACACCUCCGGUUGGCUCCAGUGGCAGAGAGACUGUUUGAUAGAGCAGACACGUGAUUGGUCGGUCGGUCGGUUCUUGUUUUCCUUUGACUGGCGGCUUGGCGUUGGGUCGACGUCCCGCCAAAGUCGGUAUAAUUACGAUAACCUGUUGUUGUUUUGGUGCAAAACCAAAUGCUUUGUCUAAAAGUCUUUCUUCUUUGUAUAUGCAUUCUUUUCAAAAAUAUUAAACUUAUACCUUAAUUGCCUUUAA